AUGGAAGACUCCUUCAGGCGUGUCAACAAUAAUACUAAUAAUACUAAUACCACCAAUAAUCCCUUCCUCGACUACCAAAUGAAGUCCACCGCCACCACUACCACCGCCGCUCCCACCAGCGCCACCGGUCUCAAGCGAACCCUUCGAGAUCACAACUCCACUACUGCCACAAUGAGGUACCGUGGAGUUCGGCGCAGGCCGUGGGGGCGUUACGCUGCGGAGAUUCGAGACCCUCAGUCCAAAGAAAGAAGAUGGCUUGGGACGUUCGACACUGCGGAGGAGGCUGCACGUGCGUACGACUGCGCCGCACGGUCCAUGCGUGGCCUGAAGGCUCGCACCAAUUUCGUAUACCCUUCCUCCCCACCCCCUCACUCAUUGUGGGAUGAGUAUGUAAUCCCUCGCUUCAAUUUCCCUAAACAAUCACACCCGGGUCUCCCCCGUGUGAACGCAUCCAACUGGCCCAUGUUUUCCAGUCCCAGCCGUGGGGCCGAGUUCGUGUGGUCCGGAGCGCAGAGGAUGAACACCGCUUCUCCCACUCUCGACAUGCUUCUUCUUCGUGAUUUCCUCAACUUCCCUUCUGCCAAUGCUAGUAAUCCAAAGCCCCCUUCAUUGAUUAAUAAUACCUUGGCGACCAAAAUAGCAGCCUCUCCCCCAGAUCACUCCGUACAACAACAAAACUACUACUCCUCCCAGUUUCUCCCAAAGGACUCCCCCGAUUCGGGGUUGCUGGAAGAGAUAAUCCACGGCUUCUUCCCGAAAUCCGAUUAUUCCAAAGCCAACUCCGAUGAUCAAUCCGACCCGGUUGCGGAUGAAUUGAAGAACCAACACUCACCUAGCUUCACUACUGACUUGGAUUUAUUGGAUUACCCAGAUUGUAGCAUCCAGGCGGAGUUUAAUGAAGGUGGUGAGCGUGUAUUUGGGAAUCCUGAGAAUGUGAUGGUGGAUGACAUCUUCCAAUGCCCUGAGAGCGUGUAUUUUGUGUUAUGA